AUGGAAAAACUAUUCAGGAACCAGAAGUUGAAUGUUAGUGUGAGAGCUGUAGAGAGUGGUGAGGAUGUACUGUUUUAUGCAAAAGAUGUGGCAGAAUCUCUAGGGUACGCUGACCCAAAAAAGGCAGUCCAGAAAUUAGUUAGGAAACAAAAUAAGGUGAGUGUAUACGAGUUACGCAAGAGGGGCGAAUCGCCCCUCUUACAGAAGUGUCACCCACAGACAAUCUUACUUUUUGAACCUGGUUUGUACCAGCUAAUAUGUAGCUCAAGACUUCCAAUAGCAGAGGACUUCCAGGAUUGGGUAUUUAGGGAAGUCCUUCCAUCUAUCCGCAAGACGGGCUCGUACGAAUUACCAGAUAGAAGGUCACUCAGAUAUAACCAAAUGAUCCUUAUAAACGAAACGGACCUUCAUCAUACUAUUGUGAGUUACAUUAGAGAUAACUACCCAGAGGCUGUAAUAGUACCUGGUCUAGGUGAGUACCAGGAUACUAUGUCAAAGAGAUGUGACGCUUGGAAGAAGGGAUACAAAGGUGGUCAGCCGGAUCUUAUUAUAGAGAAUCCUAUGGGGAAGUACAAAGGAUUUGCCAUUGAAUUCAAGUCUCCUAAGGGCACUGGGGUUGCGAGCGAGAAGCAGGUAGUAUGGCUUCGUAAGCUUAUGGAAAUAGGGUAUAUGGUAAUGAUAUCCGACGACUUGGUAAAAACUUGUAUUAGAAUUAACGAGUACUUCUCACUUAAGAAAACCGUAAGAAAAGUUGCAGUGAAAAUUACCGCUAGUGGUGUGAAGACUUACAGGCCAAGGUUCAAAUCAGAUAAGUACUAG